UAUCGAGUGUAAAACACACAUUUAAUGAAAUAUCAUAAGUUAGUGGAUAUACAUCGAUGUGUUCUUCACACAGGGUUUUAACUUAUUAUUACCAAAUUCAUCAGCUUAGUUUUGUAGGAUAAUUCGUAUAUACAUAACCCGAUAUUCUGAGGAUAGUGCAAUUCUUAAAGUAGAUCAUAACUUACAAUUUACACUAUUUAAUCGUUAAUUCUUGCAAUGAUUAGUCACAUCUUACAAUCCGUUGAUAUAUUUGUUAUUUUAACAUUUUUGAUUACACUUCUCGUAGCUUACAUUUUGUGGAACAAUGUGACCCGCAUUCCAACUAAUAUUCCUGGACCUUCUCCGUGGCCAAUUGUUGGUAAUUUGCCUACAUUGGUAGCGUCUUUCUUUCAAAAUAAAAGUUCUAACAGAAGUGAACAAUCUUUGAAACUUCGAGAGAAAUAUGGAGAUUUAGUGGGUAUCACUUUUGGAAAAUUUACGCGGGUUUUUGUCUUUGGAUACGAUAAGGUCCAUAAAGUGUUGGUCCUUAAUGCUGACAAGACAAAAUUCCGACCAGCAAAUUCAGCUGUAGCAAAAAAACUAUUUCCAAAAGAAGGAGGAGUUGUUCUGAGUAAUGGACAGGAGUGGAUGGAUCUACGAAGAUUUACUAUGGUCGCACUCAAAGACUUUGGUGUUGGUAAAAAAUCAUUAGAAGAAAAAAUACAAGAAGAAGCACAUUUUCUAGUGGAACUGUUUUCAAGGCAAAAUAAAAAGCCUUUUGAUGUCAGUAAAGUAUUUUCAAAAGCAACGUCGAAUAUAAUAUCCAGUAUCAUCUUUGGAUCAAGAUUUGAUUUUAACGAUCCCGUUUUUAACCGUCUACUUGGAAAUAUAGAUUAUCUAUUUAAAAAUAAUGCAGCAGCGGAAAAUAUGAUACCUUUACCUUUUUAUCUAAAUCCAUUUAGUAAGAUUCCCGCGAUCAUAAAGAAUCGCAAAGAAGUUCAAGAUUAUAUUCGUUCCAAAAUAGACGACGAACGACGAUCGUUUGAUCCAAACAAUGUUCGACACUUUUUGGAUCUUUACCUUCUACAGGAAGGAAAGUCUAACAGUAAAAUAUCAGAGAACCACCUGUUUCUCACUAUAGCUGAUCUGUAUAUUGCUGGCACUGAUACAACAUCUGUAACACUACAAUGGGCCAUGCUCUAUAUGAUAAAAUACCCGGAUGUACAGAACAAAUGCAGAGAUCAAAUUUUAGAGGUAGUUGGUGAAGAUAAAGACCCAGUGGGCAAAGACAAAGAUAACUUACCUUAUGUUAUGGCCACCUUACAAGAAGUACAGAGAAUAGCUACUAUAGCACCUCUAGCCGUACCACAUCUUGCAGUUGAAGACAUUGAAAUAGAUGGAAUGACAAUUCCAAAGAAUGCUGUAAUAUUUCCAAGCUUGAUGUCAGUACAUCGUGAUCCAUCUUUAUGGGAUGAACCGGAUGUAUUCAGACCAGAGAGAUUUUUAAAUAAUGACAAAUUUGUUAAAAAGGAAGGUUUUUCUGCCUUUUCCAUGGGUCCUCGAAUUUGUUUAGGAAAGCAAUUAGCUGAAUCUGAACUUUUCUUGAUAUUUGUAUCCAUACUACAACGAUUUGAUCUGUCUAAAGCUGAUGAAAAUGAUGAAUUACCAAUGGAUGGGAUCAUGACUGGAAUAACACACCAACCAAAGAACUUUCAAAUGUGUUUUCUACCAAGACAGUAAACUGAAUCGUUUAUAACACUGGUUUUUUAACAAGACAGUAACCUUAAUAUAUUUUAAGACUUUUUUCACCAAGUCAGUAAACUGAAUGUUGUAUAAGACUAUUUUCUAUUAAUUACUUAGACAGUAAACUUAAAUUUAUGAGACUGUUUUCUAUAAGUUUGAUGUAGCGAUGAGAUUUGAUUGUCAUGAUUAAUUAUAAAUACAUUAUUCAUUA